AACUAGGCUGAUUGUUUGAUGCUUCUCCUUCUCCUUAGCUGGAUGAUCCUUAGAUAUUAAUUUCCUGUGAAAUUCCUACAUUUCCGAGUUCUACACUUCCUUCCCACAAAUAUCCUCUCACGUAAGCUGAAAUUCUGCACUUCCCAAAGCUGUAGGUGCUGUUGGCUUGGAGAGCCAUGGAAGGUGCAUGAAUAUGAUAAAGACAAGCAAACAAGGGUAAAAAUAAUUUCUUGUUUCCCUACAGCAGUGACCAUCAAUUACUGCCAUCAUGGGCUGAAUUUCAGUAAGUACCCUGAGAAAAGACAUCGUGUCUUCUCCAAGGUGUCCUCACUGCAGAGCACAGCAGACUAAUGUACCGUUCCAUCAGCAUUUUGGCUUAUAUUGAAUCUGACUCUUGUUUCUGGUUUAUGUCCUCAAUUAUUUGUUUGUGCUUUAUAAUUCUACAGAUUUGCUCUCAGCAGCAAUGUCAGUAUCAUAAGUGUUCGUUAUUACUGGAAAGUACUCAGAUGGUGAGGCAAGAUACUGACACCACAUCCUUUCAUCUACAAGGAUCCCUGUGGUCUCUAGAGAAGUUCUCUUGAAGAUACAGACUCAAACUGCUAAUCUAAUAAAUGUCGCUGCAGUCUGCGCUCAGAUCUCCGCAGCAUUUCAGCUUUUCAAGUCUAACCAAACAAGGAAUUCCUGAGCUGCAGACUGGAGUCACAAAGUUCCCAUCUCAAGCUGUUCCAAGCCAAGGUUUCGGCCUGAUUAGAGGUUUCAGUGCUAAGAAUGCAGAACUUGUCCAAGAGGGGAGCCGCAGCUAUUCAGGGUGUGCGAGAGAUAAGAGCCUAAAUUGCAGCCUGAGGGUUCAGAGGCAGCCAUCAAGCAGAGCAGAGUGGUACAGAGGAGAGGAGAGAACAGCAACGUGAAACCUCAGCAGCAGGAGGGCGACUUUCAGGGAAGGCUGGGUAAGCUGGGAGGCCAACGGCAACCAGGAGAGCCCAGGGCUCGUCCCACAUCUGCUCAGUUUGGGGAGGCACCAGGAGGAGCAGGACUGCAGGAGCCGUGCCAGGCAGCGCGUUCGGCUGCACGCGGGUGAUGCUUCUGAAGUCACUCGGGUCGGACUGGCAUUUAUUUUGGCACCGUUAUUUCUCGGCAAGCUGCUGGAGCUGACGAGAGCCAGGAGAGUGACAGAUUGCCAGCGUGUUGUGCUGCACAUUGUGGAGUGUUAGACCACAAAUCUGCUGGGAGAGGAGGAAGUGGAACCUACCCAUCACUGGGCCAAAUCCCUCUGCUGCAGAGUGCGAAACUCCCAAGUCGGGGAGCCAAGUGUGAACUGAGUCAGAGAGGAGCAAAUCCACUUGGAUGUGUAUUUUAGGUUUGCCCUGUGUGCCUGCCUUCGUGGGAGCAUUAGGAGUUCCUUCACUGAUGGGAAAUAGGUCCAGCUGAAAGGAAAAAAUUGUAGGAGACUAUGUGAAUGGAAUCAGAAGCAAAGGAUGGGGAGGCUGCCUGCACUGUGCAGCUGAACGUGGGAGAGCGCACGAUUGCCAUGGAAACCUGCUGUAGUAAACGGGGCUCUUCAGCUGCGAGAGGAUUUAUAGCACCAGGCUGGGAGGAGGCAAUUUAAUUCAACGAUCCACAGCAAAGUUGGUGGGCGCGUUGCCACUGUCUUCACCAAGAGAACUGAUGGCCCUGGAAACGAUGGGUUUUUAUUGCUGAGCUGCUCUGAGCAAGAGUGCUGCCGCUGCAAGAACUUGAAUGGAGGCCUCCUGCCUGGAGCUGGCCCUGGAAGGAGAGCGCUUGUGCAAGGCAGGGGACUUCAAAGCUGGGGCAGCCUUCUUCGAAGCAGCGGUGCAGGUGGGGACAGAGGACCUGAAGACUCUCAGUGCCAUCUACAGCCAGUUGGGCAAUGCUUAUUUCUACCUAAAGGAGUACUCCAAGGCCCUGGAGUACCAUAAGCACGACCUUACACUGGCCAGAACCAUUGGGGACCGCAUUGGAGAAGCCAAAGCAAGUGGCAACCUCGGGAAUACACUGAAAAUACUUGGGCAGUUUGAUGAAGCUGUUGUGUGUUGCCAGAGACAUUUGGACAUUUCCCAGGAGCAGGGAGACAAGGUGGGUGAAGCCCGAGCACUCUAUAAUAUAGGAAACGUUUACCACGCAAAGGGAAAGCAUUUAUCUUGGAACAUGGCCCAAGACCCAGGCUACCUGCCACAAGAUGUCAAGGAGACUCUACAGAAAGCUUCAGAAUAUUAUGAGAGGAACCUGUCCCUGGUGAAGGAGCUGGGGGACAGAGCUGCACAGGGCCGUGCUUACGGCAACCUUGGCAACACCCAGUACUUACUGGGCAACUUCACUGAAGCCAUCGCCUUCCACAAGGAGCGCCUCGCUAUUGCCAAGGAGUUUGGGGACAAGGCAGCCGAGCGGAGAGCGUACAGCAACCUGGGCAACGCACACAUCUUCCUCGGGAGGUUUGACAUCUCUGCUGAAUACUACAAGAAAACACUCCAGCUCUCCAGACAACUCAAAGACCAAGCAGUAGAAGCUCAGGCUUGCUACAGUCUUGGAAACACGUACACGCUGCUUCAAGACUAUGAAAGAGCAAUCGAGUACCAUCUAAAACACCUGGUGAUAGCACAGGAGCUGGGAGACAGGGUGGGAGAAGGAAGAGCCUGCUGGAGUCUCGGAAAUGCCUAUGUCUCCUUGGGGAGCCAUGAACAAGCUCUGCACUUUGCAAGGAAGCAUCUUGAAAUCUCCCAGGAGAUCGGGGACCGGAGUGGGGAGCUGACGGCCCAGGUGAACAUGGCCCAGCUCAGGUCAGCCCUCGGCUUGGGCUCUGGGGAGGAGGACGUGGGCACGGCGCAGCAUUAUUCCGGCUACGAAGCUCAAGGAGCCAGGCCAAAGAGACUCCAAAGAAACAGCAUGGACAGCUUAGACCUCCUGAAGUUCCCUUCUGAAAAGGAGCAGAAUGGGGACAGCCAUCACGUGGGAGACCUGAAGAUCUCGGGCAAAGAGUUCAUGUCUUUACCUGCAAGGUCAAAGAAAUACCGGGAGCACCAACCCACUUCAGAGAGAAGGCUCCAGGGGUCAAGUACAUCACCGCUGGAUGCCAGCGAAGUCCGAGUCCAGGUGUCACAGUCGAAGAUCAACCGGACCCCUUCGGACGAGGAAUGCUUCUUUGACCUGCUGAGCAAGUUCCAGAGCAACCGGAUGGACGAUCAGCGCUGCCCGCUGGAAGAAUGCCCGUCGGAGGCUGCAGAGGCAGCUGCCACACCAGUCCCCGCCCUGGAAGAACGGAUCUCGCAGUCCUCCCUGAUGGCGUCCCCGCAGACGGAGGAGUUCUUUGAUCUCAUCGCCAGCUCCCAGAGCAGACGGCUGGAUGACCAGCGCGCCAACGUGGGCAACCUGCCUGGCCUCCGGAUAACCCACAACAACCUGGGGCACCUGCGCGUGGAGGGGGACGCUCAGGAGCCCGGCGACGAGUUCUUCAACAUGCUGAUGAAAUGUCAGUCCUCCAGGAUAGAUGACCAGCGCUGCGCACCACCCGACUCCAUCCCCCGUGGCCCCACCAUGCCCGACGAAGAUUUCUUCAGCCUUAUCCAGCGCGUCCAGGCCAAGCGCAUGGAUGAGCAGAGGGUAGAUUUGGCCUCAGCCCAGGAGGAGGCAGCAGAGGAGCAGCAGAGGCCUGGUUCCAGCUAAGAACUGGGGUUCAGGUUGGGGGGUUUGGUUUCAUUUUGUUUUUUUAAAGAGAACUACGCGUAGGUGGUUUCAAAGCCGAGUGCUCCUGCGCUAGCACAGACUUCUUCCAGGAGCAACCUGAGCUGCGGGAAGCUGGACUGCAGGUGGCUGCUCUGCGGAGGCAGUGCCACAGAAGGCCCACCAGACGGGACAGUUUUUAAACAAGGGGUUUUUUUAGGACGUGCAGCCACUGUAACGCUGGGCCCAGCACCAGGGAAGAAGACUUUGGCAGUCCCUUUGCUCAUCACCCAAAAACCCAGGAACUUGUGCUGUCAGCCGAAGGAGGAGCCCGGAGCAGGUAGUUAAAUCCAGCCUUGAUGUCCUUUAUUUCCAAAACACUUUUAAUUUAAUGGGGGAAAGGAAGAGCACCUUUUUCAUUUUCAAGUCCUCCUGUCUUGUUUGCAUCACGAGGUGACAGAUUGCUCUGGAUCCUUUCCUGGAAUAUCUUGCUCAACUUUGUUCUUUCUAGAGGAGGAAAUGAGCUCAAGUCAGCGGCAACACAGGUCCUUUUAAACCUGACCCCUGCCCUGGCUGCAGCCCUGGUCCCCCCACUUAAAAGUUUGUUCUGGGGUUGCUGUGAACUCUGAGCGCCCUGUGCUGUCCCUCCCCUCCGCUUCUCCAGCCACUCCAGUGCAGAGCUGUGCUGGAACCUCCUGAGCAGGAUCCGAGGCUCCCCCAGCCGUAGCUGCAGUGGAAUUUGGAGACCCCCCAGCAAAACCCCAGCCUGGGACAAAGCCUGGAAGGUAACUGCUGGCUGUGCAG